AUGUCACAAGUUUCUUCAUCAUCAUCAUCAUCAUCAUCAUCAUCAUCAUCAUCAUCAUCAUCAUCAUCAUCAUCAUCAUCAUCAUCAUCAUCAUCAUCAUCAUCAUCAUCAUCAUCAUCAUCAUCAUCAUCAUCAUCAUCAUCAUCAUCAUCAUCAUCAUCAUCAUCAUCAUCAUCAUCAUCAUCAUCAUCAUCAUCAUCAUCAUCAUCAUCAUCAUCAUCAUCAUCAUCAUCAUCAUCAUCAUCAUCAUCAUCAUCAUCAUCAUCAUCAUCAUCAUCAUCAUCAUCAUCAUCAUCAUCAUCAUCAUCAUCAUCAUCAUCAUCAUCAUCAUCAUCAUCAUCAUCAUCAUCAUCAUCAUCAUCAUCAUCAUCAUCAUCAUCAUCAUCAUCAUCAUCAUCAUCAUCAUCAUCAUCAUCAUCAUCAUCAUCAUCAUCAUCAUCAUCAUCAUCAUCAUCAUCAUCAUCAUCAUCAUCAUCAUCAUCAUCAUCAUCAUCAUCAUCAUCAUCAUCAUCAUCAUCAUCAUCAUCAUCAUCAUCAUCAUCAUCAUCAUCAUCAUCAUCAUCAUCAUCAUCAUCAUCAUCAUCAUCAUCAUCAUCAUCAUCAUCAUCAUCAUCAUCAUCAUCAUCAUCAUCAUCAUCAUCAUCAUCAUCAUCAUCAUCAUCAUCAUCAUCAUCAUCAUCAUCAUCAUCAUCAUCAUCAUCAUCAUCAUCAUCAUCAUCAUCAUCAUCAUCAUCAUCAUCAUCAUCAUCAUCAUCAUCAUCAUCAUCAUCAUCAUCAUCAUCAUCAUCAUCAUCAUCAUCAUCAUCAUCAUCAUCAUCAUCAUCAUCAUCAUCAUCAUCAUCAUCAUCAUCAUCAUCAUCAUCAUCAUCAUCAUCAUCAUCAUCAUCAUCAUCAUCAUCAUCAUCAUCAUCAUCAUCAUCAUCAUCAUCAUCAUCAUCAUCAUCAUCAUCAUCAUCAUCAUCAUCAUCAUCAUCAUCAUCAUCAUCAUCAUCAUCAUCAUCAUCAUCAUCAUCAUCAUCAUCAUCAUCAUCAUCAUCAUCAUCAUCAUCAUCAUCAUCAUCAUCAUCAUCAUCAUCAUCAUCAUCAUCAUCAUCAUCAUCAUCAUCAUCAUCAUCAUCAUCAUCAUCAUCAUCAUCAUCAUCAUCAUCAUCAUCAUCAUCAUCAUCAUCAUCAUCAUCAUCAUCAUCAUCAUCAUCAUCAUCAUCAUCAUCAUCAUCAUCAUCAUCAUCAUCAUCAUCAUCAUCAUCAUCAUCAUCAUCAUCAUCAUCAUCAUCAUCAUCAUCAUCAUCAUCAUCAUCAUCAUCAUCAUCAUCAUCAUCAUCAUCAUCAUCAUCAUCAUCAUCAUCAUCAUCAUCAUCAUCAUCAUCAUCAUCAUCAUCAUCAUCAUCAUCAUCAUCAUCAUCAUCAUCAUCAUCAUCAUCAUCAUCAUCAUCAUCAUCAUCAUCAUCAUCAUCAUCAUCAUCAUCAUCAUCAUCAUCAUCAUCAUCAUCAUCAUCAUCAUCAUCAUCAUCAUCAUCAUCAUCAUCAUCAUCAUCAUCAUCAUCAUCAUCAUCAUCAUCAUCAUCAUCAUCAUCAUCAUCAUCAUCAUCAUCAUCAUCAUCAUCAUCAUCAUCAUCAUCAUCAUCAUCAUCAUCAUCAUCAUCAUCAUCAUCAUCAUCAUCAUCAUCAUCAUCAUCAUCAUCAUCAUCAUCAUCAUCAUCAUCAUCAUCAUCAUCAUCAUCAUCAUCAUCAUCAUCAUCAUCAUCAUCAUCAUCAUCAUCAUCAUCAUCAUCAUCAUCAUCAUCAUCAUCAUCAUCAUCAUCAUCAUCAUCAUCAUCAUCAUCAUCAUCAUCAUCAUCAUCAUCAUCAUCAUCAUCAUCAUCAUCAUCAUCAUCAUCAUCAUCAUCAUCAUCAUCAUCAUCAUCAUCAUCAUCAUCAUCAUCAUCAUCAUCAUCAUCAUCAUCAUCAUCAUCAUCAUCAUCAUCAUCAUCAUCAUCAUCAUCAUCAUCAUCAUCAUCAUCAUCAUCAUCAUCAUCAUCAUCAUCAUCAUCAUCAUCAUCAUCAUCAUCAUCAUCAUCAUCAUCAUCAUCAUCAUCAUCAUCAUCAUCAUCAUCAUCAUCAUCAUCAUCAUCAUCAUCAUCAUCAUCAUCAUCAUCAUCAUCAUCAUCAUCAUCAUCAUCAUCAUCAUCAUCAUCAUCAUCAUCAUCAUCAUCAUCAUCAUCAUCAUCAUCAUCAUCAUCAUCAUCAUCAUCAUCAUCAUCAUCAUCAUCAUCAUCAUCAUCAUCAUCAUCAUCAUCAUCAUCAUCAUCAUCAUCAUCAUCAUCAUCAUCAUCAUCAUCAUCAUCAUCAUCAUCAUCAUCAUCAUCAUCAUCAUCAUCAUCAUCAUCAUCAUCAUCAUCAUCAUCAUCAGCAUCAUCAUCAUCAUCAUCAUCAUCAUCAUCAUCAUCAUCAUCAUCAUCAUCAUCAUCAUCAUCAUCAUCAUCAUCAUCAUCAUCAUCAUCAUCAUCAUCAUCAUCAUCAUCAUCAUCAUCAUCAUCAUCAUCAUCAUCAUCAUCAUCAUCAUCAUCAUCAUCAUCAUCAUCAUCAUCAUCAUCAUCAUCAUCAUCAUCAUCAUCAUCAUCAUCAUCAUCAUCAUCAUCAUCAUCAUCAUCAUCAUCAUCAUCAUCAUCAUCAUCAUCAUCAUCAUCAUCAUCAUCAUCAUCAUCAUCAUCAUCAUCAUCAUCUACGGCACCAGGAGCAGUUUGGCAAGUUAUCAAUCCAUAUUGA